UUGUGUGGAGUUACGAAUAAUGGCGUCUCCGCGACCAAAAUCUCCACGACCACCUAUAUCUGCAAAGAAAGAUGACAAAGAAGAGAGUUUUUGGGAUAAAAUUGGAACUUUGGGCAGGAAAAAACGAAUUAAAGAAGUGCAAGAAGUGCAAGAGGAAGGGAAAUAUGCAAUCGACUCCCCAGGAUAUGCGGCUAAUCCUGAAAUGCCACCAGAGGAAUACACGUUAGAUGAAAACGAAGAACGUUCCAUGAUAGAGCCUAGAUCUUCGGAGGAUUCUAAGCUCAAAGAACUUGAAUUCGUCUUGAUCGAAUGGAUCAACGAUGAAUUAGCUGAUCAGCGUAUCAUCGUGAAAGAUAUCGCGGAAGAUCUCUACGAUGGACAGGUGUUGCAAAAGCUGUUAGAAAAAUUGACAGGAGAAAAGUUAGAUGUACCCGAAGUGACUCAAUCGGAGGAAGGUCAGAAGCAAAAGUUGUCUGUUGUUUUAUCGACGGCUAAUCGUGUAUUGCAUGUAUACCCGCCUUAUAAAUGGAGCGUCGAAGCGGUGCAUUCGAAGAAUAUCGUCGCUAUUCUACAUUUAUUGGUUGGAUUAGCGAGACAAUUUCGCGCCCCCGUAAGAUUACCGGAGAGAGUGGCCGUUCAAGUUGUCAUCGUACGUAAAAAGGAUGGUCAACUGAUACACAGAACGGUUAGAGAAGAAAUUACAUCGACGUACGACGAUUUAGGAAUGCGAUGCGAACGCGAUGCUUUCGACGAUCUUUUCGACCAUCCGUCCGAUAAGCUAGCCGUGGUUAAAAAAUCGUUGAUUACCUUCGUUAACAAGCAUUUAAAUAAAGUGCACUUGGAGGUAACAGAUUUGGAUACGCAAUUUCACGACGGUGUGUUUCUGACGCUGUUACUUGGUCUCCUGGAGGGAUUUUUCGUACCGCUAGGUAGCUUCCAUUUGACGCCUAAAACACACGAUCAAAAAGUGCACAACGUUUCAUUCGCAUUUGACAUUAUGCAGGAUAUCGGGUUGCCGAAACCCAAAGCCCGGUCCGAAGAUAUCGUGAAUUUGGACCUCAAGUCGACUCUUCGAGUGUUGUAUAAUUUGUUCACCAAGUACAAGGGCAUGAACUGACAAUGAGAAGAAAAACAUUUCGUUGACGAAUGAAUUUAAUAAGAGACGAAAACCUAACGUUAUUAUUAUUAUUUAUUAUUAUUAUCAUCAACGAUAUUACCAAUUUACUAAUCAAAGAGUAUUUUCUAUAUCGAAUAACAGCAAAUAUGUCGUUAUUCUUUUAACAAUAUAAGUCAAGUUUUAUAAGUGAAAGAAAUAUAUCGUUUACAUUUUGAAAUUGUU